AUGAAUUCCACCUUCGUAACAGCAUCAAAACCCAACGCCAACGUACCGGUCAGCUAUAGUCGACUGUACCUACUUCCCGGGAGGGAUCAGUCUGAGACGAACGAUGCAGUGGAUGACGAGGCCCAGCCCAUAGGAUGGGACCGCCGUUACGGCAUGUUGUUUUUCUCGGAAAGGUCCCUGCUCUAUGGUCCCUACUCGGUUGCCUCGGCAGAUGAAAAGUUCAUUCUCUCUCAAUUCCCCAACUUUAUGCGUGAUCGUGGGAAGAGGUGCCUGUAUCGCAUAUUUGAAGCCUACACCGCGGUCAAAUUGGAACGAAGUGGUCUUCGAGCUCGUCCCCGCGAUCCGGCUACUGAUAGAGUCUACUAUUUCCCCUGUCACUAUCCAAGCUGUAUUGCUCUCUCCGUGCUACAUUUCGAUGGCAAUAGUUGCAGAACUUGUGCCGCGCUGGUGUACAAGUUUAGAACUCCGGAGGUAGCUGCUCUCGCCUUCAAGAUGCUCACAGACACAAAUAGUGUACCUCGGAGACGCAGAAUCUCCUUAUCACCUACCACAAUUCCAGUAGCUCCGAUCCUCACCAAAAACUCACCCACUCGCAUCUCUUUGAAUAGAAACGGGUCCACUCGUCGUAUUCAAGAACGGGAGAUUCGGAUCGCAUUACCGCGUCGCUCUAUGCGACAAUUAAGGUCACGACAAAUUGACGUACAUUCGUCACCCCAUUGGAAUGAGUCCAAUAUCGACUUUAAGGGACCACGGAACAAGCGGAAAAGCCCACCGGAAAUCCCCAAAGGUCAGUCCCAACGUCGAGGCAAGAGUAGAUCUGGGGGACAGAAGCAGCAGAUACAGCUCCAGAAUCAAAACUGUUGCUGCUGCAAUCACCAGUGCAUCCAUCAUGUCGCUGGGAAAAAUUGCAACAGCGCUGGCAAAGGUGUUGACAGUGAGGCUCCUAAGAUCGGGAACGGGACAAUGUUGAUCAUUAAUGGAAAGAGGUAUCCCUUGAGCCUACUUCACGAACUGAUGAAUCAACUUGACGAAAGAGUGUCAACUUUUCGAAUUAGCAAAGAGAAAUCGACAAGCAGUAGCAACAGCGACAACAGCAGUAGUGUCAGUAAGGUCAGUAUUGACAAUAAUAGCGCAGAUUCGGACUCGGAAUCUAGCGAAUCUGUGGUUGAGUUGGUCUUUGACAAACUGAAGAAUAAUUCAAAGUUAAACGGAACUGAGAUGACCUUCUGUAAUCGAGCCUCAAAUCGAAGUGGAAUGCGAGGUGAUGUUGGAGGAAACUCUGUCACUGUGAUUCGUCUCAGCAGACAAGGUAAUUCAGAUAGUGAGCGGGAGGAUGAUGGAAAUGGUGGCAGGUACCCAGCAUCACCCAAAAAAGUUCUAGGAGACGGGACAACGAUAUACAACCUCUACAGAAGGCAGAGGUCUGAAGAUAGUAAAAGCAAACAGUUCAAUAACUCAACCUUCGCAGCAGAGGGGACGCCAGAUGAGAACAUGUAA